GCACUCAGUCACCAAGAGGUCAGGCCUCACUGACAGCACUUGCAGUUGGCUAGGACUCGAGGCGUGUGGCUCCGAAAACGUCCUCUCACAAAAAGGGCGUCGGUGUAUACAUACCGGUAAAGCUCCAGAUACCAGAGGUUUCACAAUCUCUUUCCAGUAAAAAUCUGGAUCAUUCUUCAUAACUGGGUUAUGGAAGUGAAGGUUUUAUAUUAAUAGAGGGUUGACAAGAAACUCCGAUUCGUUUUUACACAAAGGAUAAAAUUCAAAGUGCCCCAAGCAAUGGAAGAAAGGUCAUCAAAGAAAUAUUCACUUGCAACUCGCAUGUUUCUGUAGAAACACGUACAAAGAAAGCAUUCAUUGGCUGCUCACCUAUUUAUUCAGUUCAGUGUUUUUCAACUUCAUAGUGACACGAAAAUAAUAACAUUCACUGGCAACUCGUUUAUUUCUGCUUCGCGGCACUAAAAGCAGUUCGGUUUGGUGAAAUAAAGGAAAAAUAAUAUAAACAUCUUUAACACCGAAGAUGAACUCUCAAAACGUCGUCGCUGGAUUAUUCAUCUUUUUCCUCGGUGAAGUUAUUGGUCAGACAGACAGUACCAGGCGAGGAAGAUGUGAGGAGAAAGCAGCUCUCCAGGCGGAGAUAAGAAAUUUUCAGGAAUCUCAAGAGGUGCUGCGAGGCGAGGUGGCCAAUCUGAGAGAGGCCCUAGACUCUGUCAGCUCCCUCGUGGCUUACUCCUUGCCUGAGGACUGCAGCGCAGCUAAAGCGAGAGGGAGCUGGACCUCUACAACCAUGAUUAAACCACCUGGUUUACCGCCAAGGUUGGUGAGAUGCGAACAGCGCGAGCAGGGGGGAGGGUGGACAGUCAUCCUGGCCAGAAGGCCAACGAACAACCCCGUCAACUUCAACACCACUUGGCAGAAUUACAAGGACGGCUUUGGAGACAUCAGUGAAGAGUUUUGGAUAGGGAACGAGGUCCUGCACAAGCUCACGAGAGAGAUUCCCCAUCAGCUUCGAGUAGUUAUCACCGACUGGAGUGACACCAAGGAGAAGACUGCCACGUGGAAUAUGUUUGUGGUAGGCAGUGAAGAUAACCGCUAUAAACUAGGCAUCGAUGGGUACUCGCCCCACAACAGCACAGCCAGCGAUGAACUGCAGAUCCACAACGGGAGUUCAUUCUCCACUCACGACUACGAUAAUGAUAUCGAUACAGAGCACUGCGCCAGGCAGCAUGGAGGUGGCUGGUGGUACUUCCAGUGUUACACGGCCAAUCCGACCGGCAAGAUCCUGAUGCCCUUCCAGGCGGGUGACCAUGGCAUGAUCUGGGGCGUCCAUCCCAAGAAGUUGACGCUGAGGAGCCUCACCAUGAUGAUUCGGCCAGUCAGUCCUGCUCCCUAUCAUCAUUAAUGUGGUGGUUAGGCGUCGGGAAUGAGGACGGUCUCCAUUCCACUUGGAACGCUAAGUGUAGGACUCAUUACCUCUAUGAUAGUACCUCUCCAGCUGGUUACAAAAUUAGGGCAUGCAAUGUUCGAUUUUCAAAUAAAGAGCAAUUAUUUAUAUAACGUAAGGAAAAGUAAUAUAUAUAUAUAUAUAUAUAUAUAUAUAUAUAUAUAUAUAUAUAUCUUAACUGGUAACUGGGAUGAUGUUAGUCAAAUAGUUGUGACUGUAAGUCUGUUUCCUGAGUAUACUGACAGAGUGAAACCAAAUAAAAAACAUGUAAUCAGCAUGAUUUUAUUUUCUUAUUAUCUGAAUAUGUUUAGAUAUAAAAUAAAGCCUUUG